GAAGAAGAAGUUGUUUCUCCCUCGGAACGUGGGAUGGAGGACAGCAGUGAGACGGGAAAUAUGCGGACAAGUAGAAGUGGGAUGGAGGACAGCAGUGAGACGGAAAAGAGGCGGACAAGUGCAAGGAUGAAGAAGAUGAGCAAAGUGUCGGGAAUGACAGAAGAGAAAGAGAGGAGAAUGAAGCGGAGUCUCGAGCAAGAAGAACCAGACGAGAUGUUGAGCAUCAACAGUAAGCUGUGUGACAAAGAAGGGUCAGAAAGCGAGGAGAGUGUUUACUCGGGACUCGAGGAUUCAGGAAGCGAUAGUGAUGAGGAUGAUGGCGUACACAACGAUGAUGAUGAUGAAAAUAGUGGUGAUGAUGAUGGAGUACACAACCAUGAUGAUGAAGCACAACAACAAGGAGUACACAACCAUGAUGAUGAAGCACAACAACAAGGAGUACACAACCAUGAUGAUGAAGCACAACAGGACUACAAGUUGAAUGGCGGGAAGAAAGAAGAAUAUGAGCACGACUCAUCAGACGAAGAAGAUAUCAGGAACACGGUGGGGAACAUACCGAUGGAAUGGUACAAGGACUUCCCUCACGUUGGCUACAACUUGGACGGGAAGAAGAUCUACAAGCCCAUCAGAAACAAGGACGAGCUGGACGAGUUCUUGGAAAAGAUGGAGAACCCCGACUACUGGAGAACGGUGACCGACAAGCAGACGGCCAGUGACAUCGUCUUGUCCGACGAGCAGGUGGAGCUGGUGAAGCGCCUGCAGAAAGGACAGUUUGGAGAUGUCAACUUCCAGGAGCACCAGCCUUCGGUGGACUUCUUCACUGGAGACGUGAUGCUGCACCCGGUCACCAACAGACCAGCUGACAAGCGCAGCUUCAUCCCGUCCCUCAUUGAGAAGGAGAAGGUCUCCAAACUAGUCCACGCCAUAAAGAUGGGCUGGAUCAAGCCUCGCCGGGCGCAGGAUGACAGCAGGGGGCGCUACUAUGACCUGUGGGGCAACGAGGACUCGUCUCUCCUGGCUAAGCAUAAAAUGCACCUGCCUGCCCCUAAGACCCUCCUCCCUGGUCACCAGGAGUCCUACAACCCCCCACCAGAGUACCUGUUCACCCAGGAGGAGCAAGCUCUGUGGGAGCAGCAGGAUCCUUCAGACAGGAAGUUGCCCUUUGUCCCCAGGAAGUUCUCCAGCCUGCGUCAGGUUCCCGCCUUUCCUCGUUUCAUCCAUGAGAGAUUCGAGCGUUGCCUCGACCUUUACCUGUGCCCUCGCCAGAGAAAGAUGAGGGUUAAUGUGGAUCCUGAAGAUCUGAUUCCAAAGCUUCCUAAACCUAAAGACCUGCAGCCUUUCCCUACUACACAGUCACUGGUUUAUAAGGGUCACAGCAGUUUGGUGCGGUCCAUCAGUGUUUCUCCAUCAGGACAGUGGCUUGCUUCAGGAAGUGACGACUGCUGCGUCCGGCUGUGGGAGGUGUGUUCAUCUCGCUGUGUGAAGGUAGUCCAGGUGGGCGGAGCCGUGAAGAGCGUGUGCUGGAAUCCAAACCCGUCCGUCUGUCUCCUCGCCGUGGCCCUGGAGUCGCUGGUGUUGAUCAUGUCGCCCUCCUUGGCGGACAGAGAGGUGGCCUUGAGCUCGGAACGUCUCCUCGCUGCUCCGCAGGAGGCGGAGCCUGCAGAGGCGGUGGGGCCGGUGACCUGGGUGGAAUGUGAGCGGGAGGAGCAGAACCACAGCAUCCGCCUGAAGAUCCAACAUCCCAAACCUGUGCGACAGGUGGUGUGGCACGCCAAGGGAGACUACCUGGCCUCGCUGAUGCCCGACCACUCCAGCCAUCAGCAGGUCUUCAUCCACCAGCUGAGCAGGAGGCGGAGUCAGAACCCCUUCAGGCGCAACAAGGGUCUGGUACAGAGCGUGUGUUUCCACCCCAUCCGGCCUUACUUCUUUGUGGCCACCCAGCGCUCGGUCAGGAUCUACAACCUGGUCAAGCAGGACCUGACCAAGAAACUCCAGGCCAACUCCAAGUGGAUCUCCAGCAUGGCUGUCCACCCUGGAGGUGAUCAUGUGAUCUGUGGCAGCUAUGACUGCCGACUCAGCUGGUUUGACCUUGACCUCUCAACCAAACCCUACAAGAUGUUAAGACACCAUAAGAAGGCAGUGAGGGGCGUGGCCUAUCAUAGACUUUACCCGCUGUUUGCUUCAGCGUCUGACGAUGGCUCAGUCAUAGUCUGCCAUGGCACCGUAUACAAUGACCUGCUGCAGAAUCCACUCAUUGUUCCAGUGAAGGUGCUAAGAGGUCAUGUGACCACUCAUGACCUCGGUGUCCUGGAUGUGACCUUUCACCCCACACAGCCUUGGGUCUUCUCGUCUGGUGCCGACGCUACCAUCAGACUUUUUACCUAGACUACCACCCCACUUGUCACCUAGACUACCAUCAGACUUUUUACCUAGACUACCACCCCACUUGUCACCUAGACUACCAUCAGACUUUUUACCUAGACUACCACCCCACUUGUCACCUAGACUACCAUCAGACUUUUUACCUAGACUACCACCCCACUUGUCACCUAGACUACCAUCAGACUUUUUACCUAGACUACCA